AGGUCAUUGGUCUCAGAGAACUGAAGGCCCUAUCAAGACGAUCUUGACUCAGGUCAUCUGAGAAAAGAUUCCAGUUGUGUCAGAACUCAAGAAAUACAUCUUCACGUUAAAGAAGGUGGGUUCAGCUCAUUAGGGGAAGCAGUUCAGUCCUUGCAAUUUAUCAAGGUCUGAGUCUGUAUCACUGUGUUCCUGCCCAUCCUCCUACCUGCUAGCUUCAAGAACAUCAUGUCUCACGGUCAGAAGAGGUGGUAUUGCAACUUUCAGGGAGAAUCUCAGGCCCCAAGAGAAGAACAGGGCCGGAUGAGUUCUGAUCUCUCUGUGGCUGAGGGAGAAGAGUCCAAUGACAACAAGUCCUCCUCUUCCACUAGCCCAACCAUCCCUAGGAAGACACCUGCUGGUGGGAUACCAAAAUUUCAUCAGAGUCCUCAACGAGCCAUAUCUCCUCCCACUGUCAUGGCCUCCAUUCCAAUAUCCCCAUCUGAUGAGGCCUCUGGCAACCAAAUAGGGGAGCUGGAAGGCCCCAUGGUAUUGCACCAUGCACUAAGUGCAAAGGUGGCUGAUUUGGUUCGGUUCCUGCUCUUCAAGUAUAGAUUCAAGGAGCUGACCAACAAGGCAGAAAUUAUAGAAAAGAUUGUAGAAGAUGAUGAGAAGCACUACAAUAGGAUCUUUAAUGAGGCCUCUGAGGGUUUGAAGCUGGUCUUUGGCAUUGACAUGAUAGAAGUGGACCCUGUGGUCCACACCUAUGCCCUUGCCAUUGCCCUGGGAAUCACUUAUGAAGGGAUGCUUACUAAUGGCCAAGGCAUGCCCAAAACAGGCCUUCUAAUAAUUGCCCUAGGUGUCAUCUGCAUGCAUGGCAACCGCGUCAGUGAGAAUGUGAUCUGGCGAGCGCUAAAUACGAUGGGAGUAAGUCCCAUGGAAAAUCACUAUGUAGCUGGGAAUGCCAAGAAGCUUUUCAUUGAAACUUUUGUACAGGAAGGGUAUCUGGAACAUAAUCCAGUGCCUGACAGUGAGCCCCUUCACUAUGAAUUCCUAUGGGGUUCAAAGGCCCAUGCUGAAACCACAAGUGUGGAUGUCUUAGAGUUUUUGGCUCAGAUCAGCAGGAUGAAUUAAGUGAUUCCAGAUCCUUCCAAUGCCUGCAUUUAGUGGCUUUGAGAGAACAGGGAAUUCUGUUUAGAAUUGCCACCACAAAUGGCACACUUCACAGCCAAUACAAGUUCUAGUGCCACAUUUAGGAGCUUUCUGAAUGAAGUCUCAGAUGAGCCUUCACUGUGUUUGAAGGUGGCAGUCACUGUUUUAAGUAGUAAAGACAGCCAGUGAAAGUAAAUGAAUACCGUCUUUUUUUUUCUCCCUGUUUUAUAAGGGUAACUUGGAACUUUUAUUUUUUGGUAUUUUUUCAAAUCUUGUUUCUCUUAAUUGAAGGACUUAGUGGGCUUCAGAAUCUAAGUCUAUAAAUAGUACUAAUGACACAUGUACUGCUUUCUGCAGUAGGGUCACACUGUGUAGCCCUAGCUGGCCUGGAAUUCUCCAUGUAGUCGAAGCUGGCCUUGAAUUCAACAGAUAUCCACCUGCCUCUUCCUCCUGAGUGCCAGGAUUAAAGACCUGUGCCACCACACCUACCCAUCUUUUGCUACUUUAUACAAAACCUUCCAUCUUAUUUUGUGGUCUGUAGUAACAUUGAAAUAGGAAUUUAAUUUGAAUUGUGAAAGAAUUUAGUAAUAUAUCCAAUGUCAAAAAAUAGAGAAAAAUGAAACAAAUGGUUAAAUCUUAUUUUCCCCUUCAACAAAAUCUGUUCCUCUGUAAAAUUAAGUUACAUGUGUAGAUCUAAUGUGGAUGGCUUUUUGAAAUUGUAUGAGGAAUUGUAUCCUAAUAAGUUACCCAGUGUGACGCUCCACAGCUUCAGAAUUAUAGAGAAGCUCACUAUGAUGU